AUGCUAACCAACUUUGACAACGGACCUUCCAAGUCUGAUAACAUCAGCGACACAAACACUAACAACAUAUGUGGCAUGCCCAGGACAACAAGCCCCAUUGUCACUCUAUUGAAGAAGAAGCGAGGAUCUUCCAAUAAAACUCCAGUAGCAGAUAAUAUUGUUGACAUAACAAUCGAAGCUACAAAUGGCGCGAAGAUCUAUCAUGACGUGAGCACACAAGAAGCUGGCAACCACGCACAACAUAACAACAUCACAGCAGGAAAUUACAUUCAGCAGGAGGGGCAACAACAAAAACAACACGUUCCAUCUCAGCCUCUUCCUCGUUCAAAAGUCGUCAUGGAUGUUAUCAAAGAGAACCUUGAACAGAAACCAAGAACAGAGUCUAGGCGAAAACCUUGGAAUCCACCGAAUGCAACUUACAGCUACAAGAAAUACUGCAACGAGCCCAACAAGUUGGACAACUACGAACCUGGAACCUCUUCAGUUCUUCGACUUGACCCAUUCGCGGCGUUGUCUUACAAUCCUCCCGUUGAAAAACCAGGAGACCAUUGCAAAUAUUUGGAAACAAAAACACCCAACAAGUACUGCAUGCAUAAGAACAUUCAGAAGCCAAAGAGCAUUGGAACACCUCACCACGUUUAUAUGAAGGUGCAACAUGGUGGAGAGAUUCCUAUAAAUGGUCUCUUUUCGCCACCUGAAGCCAAACCAGGUGAUGGCUUUUUGUUUUCUAAUAUUCGGCUUGCCUCUGGAACGGGCAGACGACAUUCAGACGCCACCAUUCAUCCCAACAAUCCAGCUCGAACUCACUCCAACAAUCCAACUUCAACCCAUCCUAACGAUCUCCACCCAAGACACACCAGCUCUUCUCCGAGAAGCAAUAUUGUCCAUAAAAUUUUUUCUAAUGUUAACACAAAUCAAUCUCUGUCAGCGUUGCUCUCAUCGGCCAACGAAGACAUGAGGAAUCGCAAGUCCAGGGAAGAAAUACACAAGGCCAGAAAAAAAGAAAUGGAGCAUGUGCUGAACAGCUUGAAAGAGAAAAAACGGUUAAUGGAGAUUGACGAGAACAGAGCGCGCCGACAUUCCGACUUUUACAGACACCAGAGCAAGUCUCCUGUGAUCCUAGAUAGAUACAACUUUGACGAUGUAGUCUGGAGAAGCAACACAUGCACGCCAACAUCGCCCUACAGAUUGAGCAGAAGAGCCAGAGUCCUGUACAAUUUCUAUGCUAAAGAUAUCAAAGAAUUGACGCUGCGUAAGAACGAUAUAGUUCUCAUUUGGAAAGCCAUUGAUAACAAUUGGUACGAGGGUGAACACCACGGCGCCGUCGGAAUAUUUCCUGCCAACUAUGUUCAAAUGAAACAACAGCUGCAGUUGGAGAAAUAUGUUUCGUGCCCUUCAGUUUUCAUGCUUCGAGAAAAGGAGAACUUUCAGUACAAAAGGCAGAAACCCUUGGUAAAAAUGGUUCAAAUCAAGAAGGCAUUCACGGAUUGGUACCUCGUACGUACGUUCAGUCAUUGCAUCACAUCAAUUCCUCGUAUGCAGACGAGCGAAACUGGAGACGCAAAAGCGAACAACGCCGACACUAUCGAGUCACACUCUUUAAAAAAUGCUUCCGUGGCUCCGAACUUGAAUGACAUUCUCCUAACCACUCACAGUCAGAUAGUUGACCACAACAAUAAUGAUAACUGCAGCAAUGUCGAUCGCAACACGAACAGAAUUACGAUCCAAGUUAACAACGUUUACAAAUCAGAUGACGGCAAACCCACGAACGCUUUUAUCUCAAACGCAUCAAAAAAUCUUCUAGUAGUAGAAAAAGAUAACUGGCAGAGUGGAUCUUUGGAGUUUCAAAUAAAUGCCAAAUGUUUAUCGCCAAAAAUUAAGUUGGCAUCUUGGGCAGAUGAGGUGCAACAUUACGAACUGUUGAAUCUGCCUCAAGAACCAAAUCUCAAUGCCGCCAACAUGCUUCCAUUUGUUGAAUGCAUAGCCGUCCAAUCCUACGAGCCACAGGACUUGGAUGAAUUGCAUUUAACAGAAGGGGACAUCGUACAUGUCACAGAAAUAUUUGACGAUGGAUGGUACGUCGGUAUAUCGCAGAGGAGCAAGUUGUUUGGAACUUUUCCGGGAAAUUUUGUUCGAAAACUUAAAUAA